AUGUCUAUCGUUCCUCCUCCAGUACCUGAAGUCUGGCCUAUCUACCCUGACCUUGCUGGUAAGGUUGCCCUCAUCACAGGUAUUGGUCAGGUCGGGCCCUUAAUCAGUCCUUUCUGGGGCAAUGGAGCCGCAACAGCUCGCUUGCUGGCAAAGAACGGCGUGAAGAUUUUUGGGUGCGAUCUGAACCUCAAAGCAGCUGAAAGGACAAGACAGCGGCUGUUGGAAGAAGAUCCCGAACGCAUUGUUGAUGUCGUCGCGGCGGAUGUGCUUAAGAGCGAUCAAGUUAACGCGCUAGUGGAUUCUGUUAUGAAGAAGCAUGGUCGUAUCAACAUUCUGACUAACAAUGUUGGCCAAACCUCUGCAGGCAACCCAGCCACUAUGUCUGAGGAACUAUGGAACUUCCAGCUCGACCUCAAUUUAAUUUCCGUCUAUCGACUGUGUCACUACGUCGUCCCUAUCAUGGAGAAGCAGGGGUCUGGUAAUAUUAUCAACAAUGCUUCAAUCACAGCCCUACGUUACAUCGGUAAACACCAGAUUGCCUACGCAUCUGCCAAGGCCGCUGUGAUACAUUUCACCAAGGCUCUUGGUGUCAUGUAUGCCAAGAACAACAUUAGAAGUAACUGCGUUGUGCCGGGUCUGAUGUACACGCCUCUCGUCGACAACUUUGCUCAGAGCAAAGAUCCAGGAGAUCAAGAGCCUACUAAGCGCAUCUUGGAUCAUAACUGCCCCAUGGGCUGGAUGGGAACAGGUGCUGAUGUAGCGAACGCUGCAGCCUGGCUUGCUGGUGGUGGCAGUCGAUAUGUUACCUCACACGAGCUUGUUGUGGACAGAGGCGUUACAAAGAGUACUGGCACUGGGUUUCACUCUUAG